AUGAGGCAGCGCAGCCACAGCUCGCCUGUCUCACUCCGCCUUGCUGCUGCUACGGGGGAGGAGCUGACCAGACCAGCAGUGUGCUACCCUUACCUGUGACCGUCCAGUACAGUACCCCACAUAACAGGACAAGGACCUGUAGCCGGACCCGGACCUUAACUGAAACCAGAACAUCAGCUCCCCAUCGACACACACACUUCCCUCCCCCAUGGAGUGCCAGGGGGUCGUGCUGCAGUACCUGAGCAUCAUCCUCAUCCUGAGUUCACUGCUGAACCUGCUGCGUUUCUGGAAGACCCCUGCAUUUUACGGACGUUAUCAGGACCCCUCCUCCAGUGGCUGGGUGAUGCCAGCCAACGUGGCCUGGUUCCUGCAGGAGCUUCCAGCUUUUCUGUGCCCCCUGCUGCUUCUUCUGUUCACCGCACAUGAAGCCUCUUCGAUGGGCAUGUAUAUACUCUGUGGGAUGUUUGGCCUGCACUACUUCCACAGGACGUUUAUCUACGCCCCACUGACCUGUGGACAGCCAUUUCCUGUUGACAUCAUGCUGUAUGCAUCAGCCUUCUGUGUGGCCAACGGCCUCAUGCAGGGACACUACUUGUUACACUGUGCCACCUAUGAAACAACAUGGCUGACAGUUAUACAGCUUGUGAUUGGAUCAAUAUUGUUUUACCUGGGAAUGGCGAUCAAUAUCCACAGUGACAGCAUUCUUCGCAACCUCAGAAAACCUGGGGAAACAACCUACAAGAUUCCCAGAGGAGGCUUGUUUGAGUAUGUGUCAUGCGCAAACUAUUUUGGGGAGAUUCUGGAAUGGUUGGGUUACACCAUAGCAGCCUGCUCCUUACCCUCCUUCUCCUUCACCUUCUUCUCCUGGUGUUUCAUAAUCCCCAGAGCCCACAACCAUCACAGGUUUUACCGUGAACAAUUUGAAGAUUACCCUAAAUCCCGAAGAUGCAUCAUUCCUUUUAUCUGUUAGAAGCUGUCUCCACUGAACUGUAACAUGUGUUGAAUGUAACUUCCUGGUGUUGCAGAAGAAUCCUGCCCAAAGCAUAUUCUACAUAGCUAAAUCUGUCCAAAAUACUUGCUUCAUUUUACAUUCAAAUAUAUCCAAAAAUGAGAAAAAAAUAUUGGUUGCAGAUCCUUUAUGCGUGUUGUCCUUCAAUUCAAAAACAGUGUGUAUUAUCCAUUAAUUAAAGAAGGAAAUGUAAAGCAUUUUAUAUGCAUUAUGUAUUUACAGGCGUGUUCUAUAUCCGCAUUAACUGAUUUCUGUCCUCCUGUCCUGACUACUUGUAGAACCCAUUCUGUGUAUGACACUUUAAUGAGGAAAUUUAUCCCAGGCCAUGUAUUUUCAACUGACAGUGCAUCUUCUAUAUUUAGGGAACAAUUUCAAAGCCAUCUCUUCUUUCACUUUGAUACUUUGAGUUUACAAAGUUUGCACAAAAAGACAUGAUAGUGGAGAACCUUGGCCUGAUGAUCUGUGCAACAUAUUUGAUAAAGACACAGCAAAUAGAUGUACAUUGCUUUGUUUACUCACCAACAUGAAUGCGUAAGAAACAGUCCUUACCUCCACCCAAUACAGUCACAGGUGAUUUUUAAAUCUGAUACCUCUCUUUGCAUCUCGGUGCAAAUGGAGAAAUAUGUUCUACGAUUUGCCACAAAGAUUGUUACAUUUGGUCAUAUCUCCUAAAGUUCCAUCUGGCUUUCUCAACAAAAUGAUAAGCCAUGGCCAAUCAAAAUUCAGCAGCUAAUACAUGCUUGUGUGAAUAGUCAAUAUUAAUGACAUGUUUUAGGCUCAUUAAUAAGACAUAAAGAAGCUAUUUACCCUUUUUACCCUAUUUACUUUCAAACAUCCAUUCCCCAUUCAAAUGGUCCAUAAGAUGGCGCUACAACAGGUUACACCAUGUUUUCCUCUGUUCCU